GCGUCACCUACUCUUAACGACAAACUGUUGAAGAAAUUUGAAGCUUGAAAUAAUGGAUCUCAUUAAUUAAAGGAAAAUAUUUUAUUUUAAAUAUUGAUUUUUUGGUGAACUUGAUAGUGUUAUGAUUACUAAUAUUUAAAAGGAAAGAAAUGGUAUCAUUCUAAAUGGAAUCACGUACGGUUUUCUCACUCUACCUUUUCAAUUAGGUUUUUCUCUCUGUAGAAAAUUAGGCUUUCUUUUUAUGAGUUGGUGGAAAAAUCCGUCUUUUUUAUGGAUCUUCGUGUAGACGACGCUUCGAUCUCCAAGCGACUCAAACCAACCCAGAUUCUUCUUUCUGAUGCAAUGGAUAUUGAACAAGUUGAAGAUCCAACAACUGUUUUGGUUGAUUCUGAGAAAGCUGGUAUGGACACCAAGGGGAAGACUAAAAUAUGCUGUGACAAGAAGUGGGAAGACCAUGUGAAGGAUGCUUCAGCCAGUGAUCAGGGUAUUUCUGUCAGUAUAGCAGGGUCUGAGGAUAGUAACAAUCCCUUCAAGAGUUCUACUUCUGCAUCAAUCAAUUCGAAUAAUAUCAAUAGUUCUAACUCUGAUUUGUCAUGUCCUGAUGAUGAUGAGGAUUAUGAUGACUAUGCUGAUGAUAUUUCUGAUUAUGGUGACAAUGAUGAUUUUUUAUAUGAAGAUGAUUAUGCAAUUAUGCAAUCCCAUUUUGAUAAUGUGGAUCUUCCUCCUGGGGUAGAGGCUUCAAUUCCUUGGCUGAAAGACUCUGCUCCACUUGGAAAUCUACCUCCUGCCCUGGGUGUCUCACUCUCAACAACCCCAUGUCUGGCUGAAAGCAAGAAAGCGACAACAUCAAAUUUGGCUGAUAGCGAACUGAAGUCGGUUUCUAUCAAUACUUCAAUGGUCUUAAGAGAGUCAGGGUCUGAUCGGAAAGAAGGAAAUGAAGAAAAUGGAGUUGUGCAAAAUUCUCUCAGUUUCAAACAUUUUGAUAUUGUGGAUGAUUUCUCAGAUCAUCAUUACAGCAAUUUGAAUUCAUCAGGAGAGCAACCAAAGGAGUGGGCCAAGCAAAUACAAGAGGAGUGGAAGAUUCUGGAAAAGGACUUACCAGAAACUAUAUAUGUGAGAGUUUAUGAAGCAAGGAUGGAUCUUUUAAGGGCUGUUAUUAUAGGACCUGCUGGUACUCCAUACCAUGAUGGCCUUUUUGUUUUUGAUUGUUUCUUCCCUCCAAAAUAUCCCAAAGAGCCACCGAUGGUUUAUUAUUAUUCUGGUGGCCUCCGGUUAAAUCCAAAUUUAUACAACUGUGGUAAAGUGUGUCUAAGCCUUUUGGGCACCUGGCAUGGGCAUCAGAAUGAGAUGUGGGUUCCGGGGCAAUCGACCAUGCUACAAGUAUUGGUUUCCAUACAAGCUCUUAUUCUGAAUGCUAGACCUUUCUUUAAUGAACCUGGGUAUGAAACUUCGUAUGUUGGGGCUGAAGGUGACAGGAGGUCCAGGAAGUACAAUGAGGAAGUAUUUAUUCUAUCAUUAAAGACAAUGAUUUACACACUAAGAAGACCGCCAAAGCAUUUUGAGGACUUUGUUACUGGUCAUUUUCGCAACCGUGCACAAGACAUCCUUGUGGCAUGUCAAACAUAUAAAGAGGGUGCUAUAGUAGGCUCUGUUGCGGUUAAAGAUGGUGUUCCGGAUGCUAACAAAAUUGUAAAGGGUAGCUCUGAGGAAUUUAAAGGAACGAUUCCAAAGAUGAUCAAUGCGGUGGCUAAAGAAUUUGUGAAAAACGGGUCAACGAACUGUGAGCAGUUUCAGAGUUGCAGAAGCUGAUAACGGUUAAGAAGAGUUGGUUAGAUCUAAAGUGUAGGAUGGGAUGUGUUAAGCCAUUAUAGAAGCUAAUGUAGUGCCGUUUAGUAUGAAUGAUUUGGUGAACGCAAUUUUGGUGAACUUGGUUACAUUAUUACUACUUCUUACGGUAUAUAUAAUCUCGGGAUUCCCCGGUAGAUUUUAUUAUAUAUAGAUAGUGGAACGGCUCUGGUUGACUGAAAGAA